AUGGCUUCUCAACUCCACCUCCACUUCUACACCUACACCCACGCCGUCGCUUCAGCUGCAGCCACCACCAUUCUCACCUCCAGCUUCCCUUUCGACAAUAACGCCCCUGGCAAUCCAGGUAACGGUGGUGGAGGCGGCAACAACAACAACAACAACAACGGAUCAGACGAUAACCCCUCCAUCCCACUCCCCAAUCAACGAGCAUUCGAAGGCCCAUGGUUCUCCCAACAACUCAGCUUGUCCAUCUUUAUCGGACUCCUAUCCUUUUCCAUCUUCAUUUUCGUCCGUCGUCGUAAUGCCGCCCUCUUCGCACCACGUACAAAACUCAAAGGGUUCUCUCCACUUGACGACGCUCAUGAUGCCGGAUAUUUCGCAUGGAUUAUGCCAACGCUCAAGACGGAAGAAAUGCGGAUCCUCCAAACGGUAGGGCUGGACGCUGCGAUCUUGCUCAGCUUCUUGAAGAUGGGCUUUUGGCUAUUCUUCGGUUUAAGCUGUUGGAGCGUGGUUGUGUUGAUGCCGGUGAAUUAUUGGCAGAACGGUGUGCUGGAUGGAGUCAGUCCUGCGGAGGAUAGGGAUAAUGCUACCGCCCCCAACAAUAGGAUAGAUACAGUAACGGGUGUAUGGACACAGUUGAUCUUCGACACGCUCAAAGAAAAGCACGAUGAUCCACAGCAGCCACUACCGCAGUUACCGUUACCGGCAAAACCACCGCAAGCACAACUGUAUCAUGCCGUCCAUCUGCUGUCGACGUAUCUGUUUACGUUGUUGGCGAUGAGGGCGAUUUGGAUCAAUUAUCAGCGAUUUGUCCGGUCGAGACAGUUAUACAUCCUAGAGAUUCUGGAAUCCAUCCCAGCAAGAACGGUCGAGAUUAGGGACUUACCGACGCAUCUCAGGGACGAUAAAGCGCUAGCGGAGUACUUUGAGAACAUGGAUAUGCCUGUAGAAUCCACAGCGGUGGUGAGGAAUACGGAAGGGUUAUCGAGAUUGUUGAAUCAAAGAUCGGAUGCGUUGCAUAGAUUGGAAAAGACGUGGGUGAAGUGGCUGGCGAAUCCAACGGAUGCGGAAGGGUAUGAUCCGGAAAAGAUUAUGUUGUUGGCUGCCGGCGCUCAUCGUGAUGAUCUGCCGUCUAGCGACGUUACCGAUGAUUUGGUGCGGAUCAGUGUCGAUGAUCAGCGACCUUCGGGUGAUGACCUCGAAAGCAGCCGUCUUCUCCCCUCCUCCAAUACAACUGCCACAGUCUUCACCGGCGCAGACACCAUCCACACGCACCGACCUCGCCCUACCAUGCGCAAAACAUGGUGGAACCCUCUCAGCGAAAGAAUCGACGCAAUUGACGAACUCACCCGUCAAUUCAACGCUAUCGAUCGUGCCGUCCGGCGUCGACGCAAAACCGGUCGUUUCCCAGGCGGAAAUGUCGGUUUCGUCACAUUCUCCUCCGCCGCUUCGGCUCAAAUCGCAUCCCAAACAGUCCACUACCCCAUCCCAGCAUACUGCGCUACCAGCAUGGCUCAAGAACCACGCGAUAUCAUCUGGUCCAAUAUCAACCUUUCCAACAACGAUCGCAGAGUUCGUCAGGUGUUAGUAUCCAUCUUUAUCGUAGCAGUGUUGGUGUUCUAUAUUCCGCCACUGGUGUUUCUGGCGAGCUUUGUCUCGCCGGGUGCGAUAGCAAAGUAUGCUCCAUGGUUAGAUAGGUUGUUGGAUACAGAUGAAAGGCUGAGAGCGUUGGUUCAGAAUAAUUUGCCCUCGUUGGUGGUUAUUGGUUUCAACGCACUUUUGCCGUUGGUGUUGGAAUAUAGUAGUUAUUUGCAGGGCUUGAAGGCGAGGAGUUUGGUCGAGUACAGUGUGUUGAAGAAGUAUUAUCUGUUUUUGAUGGUUUCGGUGGUGUUCAUCUUCUUGAUUGCAACGACGGCAUGGGGUGUCUUGCAAGAGUUGGCGGAAAAUCCAAUGCGGGUGAUUGACAAAUUCGCUGCUUCCCUUCCCAAAGCAAGGUUCUUUUCGCUCUCAUACGUCAUCCUUCAGGGUAUUGCGCUGCAGCCGUUACAGCUUCUCCAGCUGCCCACUUUGAUCCUUCGCGGAUUUUACCGAUUGUUCUUAACCAGAACUCCGAGAGAAUUCGCAGAACUCAACGCACCCCCAACCCUAGCUAUGGGAAACGUCUAUCCUCAAGCCCUACUCAUCUUUACCCUUUGCAUCCUCUACUCUAUCGUCUCUCCUCUCAUCGUCAUUUUCGGUGCGAUCUACUUCGGUAUAGCGUACAUUGUUAACAAGUAUAAACUUCUCUACGUUUUCUACAAGCCUUACGAAUCGCAGGGUCAAGCAUGGCCUAUUUCGGCAUCAAGAUGCAUAUGGGCACUCAUUCUGUUCCACAUUUUCCAAUUUUCGCUGUUUAGCGUAAGGAAACAGUUACUGAUGAGCACACUGAUGCUGCCGUUGGUGAUGUUUACGUUUUGGUUUAGUCAGCAUUUGGAAAGUACGUUUGGGGGGUUGACAGAGCAUGUUAACCUGAGUAGUGUGGUGGAGGUACUGAAGGAAAGGGAAGCAGAUCCGGCGUUGGAAGGGUUAGCUCAGAAUGGGCCACCGGCUGCGGCGACUAGUGGUGUUGCGAACCCCAGCGGCGGAGCAGGGGGUUCUGGGAGUGUAACGCCGAGUAGAAGCAAGCAGCUGUUAUCGUUGGAUCCGAGUCAUAAGAUCGAUCCAGAGUUUACCAAACUCGCAAUAAAGCGUUACUCCCACGACGAGGAGGAUGAGACGCUGUUUGUCGCUCAAAGGGAUACCAAAACUGACUACAGGGAGCCUCCAGGAGCGGGAUACUACCCCGGAGUGCUGAAUACGGGUAGAAGGAGAUAUGGGCAUCCAGCGAUUACAGGGAUUUUGCCCGAACUGUGGUUGCCGAUCUCGAAACACAGGUUGGAGGAGGGAGGAGAAGAUGUCACCGCCCCUGAUGAUUUGGAGUCUAGAGCGACGGGAAUGGCUUCUGCUACCACCUCCGCCCUUGGUGGCCCCCGCAGUUCGAGAAACGAAGAAGUGGGAGGAGACGCAGCCCAAACAGCAGCUAGAAUUAGGGCCAGGGCUUUAAGUAAAGCCGAACCACUCAUUCUUUCUCUUCGUAAGCGGAAGAGUAGCCUCAUGUCUUCUCGACCCAGCUCUGCUGCUUCGCCCACACGUAGGGCUGGAGGACUACCACCCACUUUGGAUGAUGGAACUAGUGUAGAUCGCUCUCAGGACUAUCUGGACGAAGGAGAUGCGGAAGGUUUCGGUGUAUGGUCAGACGGUGUGUCGGGACCUCAAGGUAGCAGUUCUUCUGCUGCUGUAGGUGAAGCUCUGAGUGGAGGUUAUGCGGUUGCUCCCGCACGAACACUGAUUAAGCAGCAACAGGAGCAGGCUAGGCAGGGAGAAGAUGGGGAAUAUGAGGGUGGUGGCGUGGAUGAGGAUGCAGAGGAAGGAGUGUACAUUCAUAGGUCGAAUACGGCGAGAAGUAAGGGGGGGUGGGGGGUGGAAGGAUGA